GAUAUAUUUCUCAAUUUUGAUAAUCCUAUCUGCUACCAAUCACUUAAAAUGGUUGAAGUAGAAUGCACAACCUCUCAACAUUAACCAACUUGUGCAACUAGAACUACUUGCUAGGAAGCCAGCUACCAUUCAAAGUUACCACCGUCACACAAACACACACUAUCAAAUCUUAUAUUCCCAUAUAUCAUCAUGUCAUGUGUAUAUUCAUACAAAUAUUCUCAUUUCCUUUCAUUCCUCUUUAAUCUUAUUUCCAUUAGUCACCAUACACACACUCAUGGAGGUUACAUGGGAACAAAGUGUCACCUAUUCUAUCAACACAAUAUACCUUCUCUUCUCUACCUACUUAGUCUUUGUAAUGCAACUAGGCUUUGCCAUGAUAUGUGCAGGAUCUGUCCGUGCCAAAAAUGCCAUGAACAUAAUGCUCACCAAUGUAGUUGAUGCAGUGGUAGGUAGCAUUUCCUUCUACCUUUUUGGUUUUGCAUUUGCAUAUGGCAAUUCCAACCCUUUCAUUGGUACAAAUUUGUUUGCUUUAGCUAACAUUCCAAAUGAAAAUUAUGACUAUGGAUUCUUCCUUUACCAAUGGGCAUUUGCUAUAGCUGUAGCUGGCAUCACUAGUGGGUCUAUAGCUGAGAGGACACAAUUUAGUGCUUAUCUUGUUUUUUCAUUUUUCCUCACUGGCUUUGUGUACCCAAUUGUGGCUCAUUGGGUUUGGUCAUCUAGUGGUUGGCUUAGUCCCAAUUCAAGUGACUUGUUUUUGGGCUCAGGUGCCAUUGACUUUGCUGGAAGUGGAGUGGUGCAUUUGGUUGGAGCAAUCGCUGGACUCUGGGGAUCGGUCAUAGAAGGCCCGCGAGUCGGACGCUUUGAUGCUUAUGGAAAGCCCAUACCUUUUCGCGGCCACAAUGCAACACUUGUGGUGCUUGGGACGUUCUUGUUAUGGUUCGGUUGGUUUGGUUUUAACCCCGGUUCAUUUGAUCGGAUUCUCGUGGCCUACCCUGGCACAUCUAACGAAGGUCAUUGGACUUCAGUGGGCCGAACUGCUGUGACAACCACGCUGGCAGGCUCGACAGCUGGAAUCGUCACCUUGUUCGGCCGUCGAUUAUUGAUAGGCCAUUGGAAUGCAACAGAUGUGUGCAAUGGUUUGCUCGGUGGGUUUGUCGCCAUCACCUCUGGGUGCUCAGUUGUUGAGCCAUGGGCUGCAAUUCUAUGCGGAUUCGUCGCAGCUUGGGUGUUAAUUGGUCUCAACAUCUUAGCACUAAAAUUGAACUAUGAUGAUCCAUUAGAGGCAGCACAAUUGCAUGGUGGGUGUGGUCUUUGGGGCUUGUUGUUUACAGGAUUGUUUGCUAAAGAACAGUUUGUGAUUCAAACCUAUAAUGCAGGGGUGGCAGUGAAAAGACCCUAUGGUCUUCUACUUGGAGGUGGAUGGGGAUUGAUUGGAGCUCAAGUAAUUGAGAUUUUGGUCAUCUUUGUAUUUGUUAGUAUAACAAUGGGCCCUAUGUUCUAUGGCUUGCACAAGCUGAGGUUAUUAAGAAUUCCUGUGGAUGAUGAACUUGCUGGCCUUGAUAUAUCAUGCCAUGGAGGGUAUGCUUAUGCUCCUCAAGAGGAAAAUCAUCCUAGAUCUUAUGGAGAUUAUCUGCGUAUGCAGGAUGAUCACUCAUAGUUUGGUUUAUAAUAUGAACAUAUGAACAUGUUAAUAUUUUGUAAUUUUGUAAUGUGUACAAGUUACUAGACUUUGUGUAGCAUUUAAAUUAUUUGGUU